AUGCCUGGUCCAGGAGCUUGCCUGGUCCAGGAGCUUGCCUGGUCCAGGAGCUUUCCUGGUCCAGGAGCUUGCCUGGUCCAGGAGCAUGCCUGGUCCAGCAGCUUGCCUAGUCCAGGAUCUUGCCUGGUCCAUCACCCCGCCCCAUUCUCCCGCAUUCCAUCACCCCGCCCCAUUCUCCCGCUUUCCAUCACCCCGCCCCAUUCUCCCGCUUUCCAUCACCCCGCCCUAUUCUCCCGCUUUCCGUCACCCCGCCCCAUUCUCCCGCUUUCCAUCACCCCGCCCCAUUCUCCCGCUUUCCAUCACCCUGCACCAUUCUCUCGCUUUCCAUCACCCCGCCCCAUUCUCCCGCUUUCCAUCACCCCACCCCAUUCUCCAGCUUUCCAUAACCCCGCCCCAUUCUCCCGCAUUCCAUCACCCCGCCCCAUACUCCCGCUUUCCAUCACCCCGCCCAAUUCUCCCUCCUUCCAUCACCCCGCCCCAUUCUCCCUCCUUCCAUCACCCUGCCCCAUUCUCCCGCUUUCCAUCACCCCGCCUCAUUCUCCCGCUUUCAAUCACCCCGCCCCAUUCUCCCUCCUUCCAUCACCCCGCCCCAUUCUCCCACUUUCCAUCACCCCGCCCCAUUCUCCCGCUUUCCAUCACCCCGCCCCAUUCUCCCGCUUUCCAUCACCCCGCCUCAUUCUCCCGCUUUCCAUCAUCCCGCCCCAUUCUCCCUCCUUCCAUCACCCCGCCCCAUUCACCCUCCUUCCAUCACCCCGCCCCAUUCUCCCUCCUUCCAUCACCCCACCCCAUUCUCCCGCUUUCCAUCACCCCGCCCCAUUGUCCCGCUGUCCAUCACCCCUCCCCAUUCUCCCGCUUUCCAUCACCCCGCCCCAUUCUCCCGCUUUCCAUCACCCCGCCCCAUUCUCUUGCUUUCCAUCAUCCCGCCCCAUUCUCCCGCUUUCCAUCACCCCGCCCCAUUCUCCCGCUUUCCAUCACCCCGCCCCAUUCUCCCUCCUUCCAUCACCCCGGCCCAUUCUCCCUCCUUCCAUCAUCCCGCCCCAUUCUCCCUCCUUCCAUCACCCCGCCCCAUUCACCCGCUUUCCAUCACCCCGCCCCAUUCUCCCGCUUUCCAUCACCCCGCCCCAGUCUCCCGCUUUCCAUCACCCCGCCCCAUUCUCCCGCUGUCCAUCACCCCUCCCCAUUCUCCCGCUUUCCAUCACCCCGCCCCAUUCUCCCGCUUUCCAUCACCCCGCCCCAUUCUCCCGCUUUCCAUCACCCCGCCCCAUUCUCCCGCUUUCCAUCACCCCGCCCCAUUCUCCCGCUUUCCAUCAUCCCGCCCCAUUCUCCCGCUUUCCAUCACCCCGCCCCCUUCUCCCGCUUUCCAUCACCCCGCCCCAUUCUCCCUCCUUCCAUCACCCCGCCCCAUUCUCCCUCCUUCCAUCACCCCGCCCCAUUCUCCCGCUUUCCAUCACCCCACCCCAUUCUCCCGCUUUCCAUCGCCCUGCCCCAUUCUCCCUCCUUCCAUCACCCCGCCCCAUUCUCCCGCUUUCCAUCACCCCGCCCAAUUCUUCAGCUUUCCAUAACCCCGCCCCAUUCUCCGGCUUUCCAUCACCCCGCCCCAUUCUCCCGCUUUCCAUCACCCCGCCCCAUUCUCCCUCCUUCCAUCACCCCGCCCCAUUCUCCCGCUUUCCAUCACCCCGCCCCAUUCUCCCGCUUUCCAUCACCCUGCACCAUUCUCUCGCUUUCCAUCACCCCGCCCCAUUCUCCCGCUUUCCAUCACCCCACCCCAUUCUCCAGCUUACCAUAACCCCGCCCCAUUCUCCCGCAUUCCAUCACCCCGCCCCAUACUCCCGCUUUCCAUCACCCCGCCCAAUUCUCCCUCCUUCCAUCACCCCGCCCCAUUCUCCCUCCUUCCAUCACCCCGCCCCAUUCUCCCGCUUUCCAUCACCCCGCCUCAUUCUCCCGCUUUCCAUCACCCCGCCCCAUUCUCCCUCCUUCCAUCACCCCGCCCCAUUCUCCCACUUUCCAUCACCCCGCCCCAUUCUCCCGCUUUCCAUCACCCCGCCCCAUUCUCCCGCUUUCCAUCACCCCGCCUCAUUCUCCCGUUUUCCAUCAUCCCGCCCCAUUCUCCCUCCUUCCAUCACCCCGCCCCAUUCACCCUCCUUCCAUCACCCCGCCCCAUUCUCCCUCCUUCCAUCACCCCACCCCAUUCUCCCGCUUUCCAUCACCCCGCCCCAUUCUCCCGCUGUCCAUCACCCCUCCCCAUUCUCCCGCUUUCCAUUACCCCGCCCCAUUCUCCCGCUUUCCAUCACCCCGCCCCAUUCUCUUGCUUUCCAUCAUUCCGCCCCAUUCUCCCGCUUUCCAUCACCCCGCCCCAUUCUCCCGCUUUCCAUCACCCCGCCCCAUUCUCCCUCCUUCCAUCACCCUGCCCCAUUCUCCCUCCUUCCAUCACCCCGCCCCAUUCUCCCUCCUUCCAUCACCCCGCCCCAUUCACCCGCUUUCCAUCACCUCGCCCCAUUCUCCCGCUUUCCAUCACCCCGCCCCAGUCUCCCGCUUUCCAUCACCCCGCCCCAUUCUCCCGCUGUCCAUCACCCCUCCCCAUUCUCCAGCUUUCCAUCACCCCGCCCCAUUCUCCCGCUUUCCAUCACCCCGCCCCAUUCUCCCGCUUUCCAUCACCCCGCCCCAUUCUCCCGCUUUCCAUCACCCCGCCCCCUUCUCCCGCUUUCCAUCACCCCGCCCCCUUCUCCCGCUUUCCAUCACCCCGCCCCAUUCUCCCUCCUUCCAUCACCCCGCCCCAUUCUCCCUCCUUCCAUCACCCCGCCCCAUUCUCCCGCUUUCCAUCACCCCACCCCAUUCUCCCGCUUUCCAUCGCCCCGCCCCAUUCUCCCUCCUUCCAUCACCCCGCCCCAUUCUCCCACUUUCCAUCACCCCGCCCAAUUCUUCAGCUUUCCAUCACCCCGCCCCAUUCUCCGGCUUUCCAUCACCCCGCCCCAUUCUCCCGCUUUCCAUCACCCCGCCCCAUUCUCCCUCCUUCCAUCACCCCGCCCCAUUCUCCCGCUUUCCAUCACCCCGCCCCAUUCUCCCACUUUCCAUCACCCCGCCCAAUUCUUCAGCUUUCCAUCACCCCGCCCCAUUCUCCCGCUUUCCAUCACCCCGCCCCACUCUCCCGCUUUCCAUCACCCCGCCCCAUUCUCCCGCUUUCCAUCACCCCGCCCCAUUCUCCCGCUUUCCAUCACCCGGCCCAUUCUCCCUCCUUGCGUCACCCCGCCCCAUUCUCCCUCUUUCCAUCACCCCGCCCCAUUCUCCCGCUUUCCAUCACCCUGCCCCAUUUUCCCGCUUUCCAUCACCCCGCCCCAUUCUCCCGCUUUCCAUCACCCCGCCCCAUUCUCCCUCUUUCCAUCACCCCGCCCCCUUCUCCCGCUUUCCAUCACCCCGCCCCCUUCUCCCGCUUUCCAUCACCCCUGCCCCAUUCUCCCUCCUUCCAUCACCCCGCCCCAUUCUCCCUCCUUCCAUCACCCCGCCCCAUUCUCCCGCUUUCCAUCACCCCGCCCCAUUCUCCCGCUUUCCAUCACCCUGCACCAUUCUCUCGCUUUCCAUCACCCCGCCCCAUUCUCCCGCUUUCCAUCACCCCACCCCAUUCUCCAGCUUACCAUAACCCCGCCCCAUUCUCCCGCAUUCCAUCACCCCGCCCCAUACUCCCGCUUUCCAUCACCCCGCCCAAUUCUCCCUCCUUCCAUCACCCCGCCCCAUUCUCCCUCCUUCCAUCACCCCGCCCCAUUCACCCGCUUUCCAUCACCUCGCCCCAUUCUCCCGCUUUCCAUCACCCCGCCCCACUUUCCAUCACCCCGCCCCAUUCUCCCGCUUUCCAUCACCCCGCCCCAUUCUCCCGCUUUCCAUCACCCCGCCCCAUUCUCCCGCUUUCCAUCACCCCGCCCCCUUCUCCCGCUUUCCAUCACCCCGCCCCCUUCUCCCGCUUUCCAUCACCCCGCCCCAUUCUCCCUCCUUCCAUCACCCCGCCCCAUUCUCCCUCCUUCCAUCACCCCGCCCCAUUCUCCCGCUUUCCAUCACCCCACCCCAUUCUCCCGCUUUCCAUCGCCCCGCCCCAUUCUCCCUCCUUCCAUCACCCCGCCCCAUUCUCCCGCUUUCCAUCACCCCGCCCAAUUCUUCAGCUUUCCAUCACCCCGCCCCAUUCUCCGGCUUUCCAUCACCCCGCCCCAUUCUCCCGCUUUCCAUCACCCCGCCCCAUUCUCCCUCCUUCCAUCACCCCGCCCCACUCUCCCGCUUUCCAUCACCCCGCCCCAUUCUCCCGCUUUCCAUCACCCCGCCCCAUUCUCCCGCUUUCCAUCACCCGGCCCAUUCUCCCUCCUUGCGUCACCCCGCCCCAUUCUCCCUCUUUCCAUCACCCCGCCCCAUUCUCCCGCUUUCCAUCACCCCGCCCCAUUUUCCCGCUUUCCAUCACCCCGCCCCAUUCUCCCGCUUUCCAUCACCCCGCCCCAUUCUCCCUCUUUCCAUCACCCCGCCCCCUUCUCCCGCUUUCCAUCACCCCGCCCCCUUCUCCCGCUUUCCAUCACCCCGCCCCAUUCUCCCUCCUUCCAUCACCCCGCCCCAUUCUCCCUCCUUCCAUCACCCCGCCCCAUUCUCCCGCUUUCCAUCACCCCGCCCCAUUCUCCCGCUUUCCAUCACCCUGCACCAUUCUCUCGCUUUCCAUCACCCCGCCCCAUUCUCCCGCUUUCCAUCACCCCACCCCAUUCUCCAGCUUACCAUAACCCCGCCCCAUUCUCCUGCAUUCCAUCACCCCGCCCCAUACUCCCGCUUUUCAUCACCCCGCCCAAUUCUCCCUCCUUCCAUCACCCCGCCCCAUUCUCCCUCCUUCCAUCACCCCGCCCCAUUCUCCCGCUUUCCAUCACCCCGCCUCAUUCUCCCGCUUUCCAUCACCCCGCCCCAUUCUCCCUCCUUCCAUCACCCCGCCCCAUUCUCCCACUUUCCAUCACCCCGCCCCAUUCUCCCGCUUUCCAUCACCCCGCCCCAUUCUCCCGCUUUCCAUCACCCCGCCUCAUUCUCCCGCUUUCCAUCAUCCCGCCCCAUUCUCCCUCCUUCCAUCACCCCGCCCCAUUCACCCUCCUUCCAUCACCCCGCCCCAUUCUCCCUCCUUCCAUCACCCCACCCCAUUCUCCCGCUUUCCAUCACCCCGCCCCAUUCUCCCGCUGUCCAUCACCCCUCCCCAUUCUCCCGCUUUCCAUUACCCCGCCCCAUUCUCCCGCUUUCCAUCACCCCGCCCCAUUCUCUUGCUUUCCAUCAUCCCGCCCCAUUCUCCCGCUUUCCAUCACCCCGCCCCAUUCUCCCGCUUUCCAUCACCCCGCCCCAUUCUCCCUCCUUCCAUCACCCCGCCCCAUUCUCCCUCCUUCCAUCACCCCGCCCCAUUCUCCCUCCUUCCAUCACCCCGCCCCAUUCACCCGCUUUCCAUCACCUCGCCCCAUUCUCCCGCUUUCCAUCACCCCGCCCCAGUCUCCCGCUUUCCAUCACCCCGCCCCAUUCUCCCGCUGUCCAUCACCCCUCCCCAUUCUCCAGCUUUCCAUCACCCCGCCCCAUUCUCCCGCUUUCCAUCACCCCGCCCCAUUCUCCCGCUUUCCAUCACCCCGCCCCAUUCUCCCGCUUUCCAUCACCCCGCCCCCUUCUCCCGCUUUCCAUCACCCCGCCCCCUUCUCCCGCUUUCCAUCACCCCGCCCCAUUCUCCCUCCUUCCAUCACCCCGCCCCAUUCUCCCUCCUUCCAUCACCCCGCCCCAUUCUCCCGCUUUCCAUCACCCCACCCCAUUCUCCCGCUUUCCAUCGCCCCGCCCCAUUCUCCCUCCUUCCAUCACCCCGCCCCAUUCUCCCGCUUUCCAUCACCCCGCCCAAUUCUUCAGCUUUCCAUCACCCCGCCCCAUUCUCCGGCUUUCCAUCACCCCGCCCCAUUCUCCCGCUUUCCAUCACCCCGCCCCAUUCUCCCUCCUUCCAUCACCCCGCCCCACUCUCCCGCUUUCCAUCACCCCGCCCCAUUCUCCCGCUUUCCAUCACCCCGCCCCAUUCUCCCGCUUUCCAUCACCCGGCCCAUUCUCCCUCCUUGCGUCACCCCGCCCCAUUCUCCCUCUUUCCAUCACCCCGCCCCAUUCUCCCGCUUUCCAUCACCCCGCCCCAUUCUCCCGCUUUCCAUCACCCCGCCCCAUUCUCCCGCUUUCCAUCACCCCGCCCCAUUCUCCCUCUUUCCAUCACCCCGCCCCAUUCUCGCGCUUUUGUCGGAUACCUUCCUCCUCCUCCUCUCCUCUCCCCCUUCUGCUCUUGUCCAAUCGUCCCUGUGCUGCAUGCCCUUCUCUCUCCCUCCUGUGGCGUACCACUUCUCAUGUUCCCUUGCUCCGUUCACCUUACUCCGUGGCCUCCCCCUUCUCUGGUGUCCUUGCCUCUGGUUCUCAUGCUGGCUUCCUCUAGCUACUUCUCCUAUGCUCUGUGCUCCUUCACAUACCACGCCUCCUUUCACCUAUCUACAGUUCCUUGCUCGCCAUAUCUCCCUCUGA